AAAGAGGAUGGUCUUUGGCAUUCUGGAAGGCUUGAACAAAAUUCCAACUUCCAGCAGCAGCGUGUCUCCCCGGAGUUCGGAUGGGAUACAUCUGUGACUGUAUUUCGUUAGGAUAUGGAAAUAUGAUUGAAACUGACACUGGGCCAGAAUUUUAUUUGAGUGAUUUUUAUGGGAAAUAAAUACGUUUCAACACAGUCUGUAACGUCGCUUUUCACAACAGCUCAACAAUUUGGACCAGAUACGGGAACAUGGAUUACGGUGUGAACUGGAGAGACGAACCCUAACGUUACUUGGAGGACUCGACUGCUGUCUAUUUGCUGGGAUCUAUAGCUUUCGAUGUGUGCACUAAAGGAUUGUCACCUCUUGUGUGAAGUGAAAUGAUGGCGUCACGUUGGAAAGGUCCAUUCGAUGAAGAGGAGAGACUGACCAGACCCUCUUUGUGCAAGAAUGACGUGCCAGAGUGGGGUGAUUCCCCUGCAGGCCUGUUCAACCUGCAGGGAGAGGAGGAGCCCUUCUCGUGGCCGGGUCCCAAGACUAUCCAUCUGCGGCGCACCUCUCAGGGCUUCGGCUUCACCCUGCGCCACUUCAUUGUCUACCCACCAGAGUCUGCAGUGCACCCUUACCCCUUCCCAGAGGAAGAGCAUGGACGCAGAGGGAGACAACGGCACAGGCUGGAGCCAAUGGACACCAUCUUUGUGAAGCAAGUGAAGGUGGGUGGUCCUGCCGAUGGCGCUGGACUCUGCACAGGAGACCGGAUAGUAAAGGUAAAUGAAGCAAGUAUCAUUGGGAAAACGUACUCUCAGGUCAUAGCCUUGAUCCAAAACAGUGAUGCCUUUCUUGAACUCUGUGUGAUGCCAAGAGAUGAAGACAUACUGCAGCUGGCCUACUCCCAGGAUGCGUACCUCCGAGGCCGUAGUGCCUACAGUGGAAUUGCCCGUCACAUCCCCGAACCGCCCCCCAUAUGUUACCCCAGAGUAGACUGUAAGCCCCCGGGGAUGGCCCAGGCUACAGAGACCCCCUCUCCGGUGGGGGUACAGGGAGCAUGCCGGGGGCCUGUGGGGGCAUCACCACCCGACCUGGGGUACCGCAUAGAGAUCCCCGUGCCCCCGUCCCCUCCUCCUCCUGCACACCCGUACUCCAAAUCCCAGACUGUGGCAUGCAUGCGCAACAACAGCGUGAGGACUGUGGUAGUUCCUCCAGAACUGGGCCGUAUGGGACCAGCUCAUAGAGUAGAGUACGGCCUGGUAGGGCCCUCUGACCCUGGCAUCAUCAGAGGGCGACCUGGGUCUGUGUCCCACUACCCCCUGCCACGGAAAACAGACAUCUACCCCUCUGGUGCGAGCCGCCUCAAUUAUGGCGCCCCAACACCCCACUACCCACCCAACUCAAACUCCCCCAACCCCGGCUCUCACCAAAACAUCGACUGGCGGACGUACCAGACGUACAGGGAGUACAUCGACAACAAGGGUAUCCAUGCAUACGGCAGCCGUACCAUCCAGGAGAGACUAGACAGCCUGCGAGCCGCCAGUCAGAACACCUUCAACUCCUCCCACUACAUCCCCCGAGGGGGUUGGGGGCCCGACCCCAAGGGCCUCCGACGCAGGAGCACCUCCCACGACCGCGCCUACCACGGACCCCCGCCCCCUUUCCACCACAUGCCCCCUCGCAGCUCUUCCCAGGACCGUAUGAGUGUGGCGGAGCGGGGGGUCCACCCCAGGAACUGGCCCCCUCGUAGCGUGUCCCAGGAUGAGUUUACCCACAAGUCCCGGGCCCGCUCCUCUGACUAUGUGGACCCUGCGGAUCUGGGCCGUCCCAUGGUGGACAGACGGGGCUACGGUAGCAGGGUGGACCAGGGUACAUGUCCAAGCAGGCASAGCCUCUCCAAACAGGCUGCCCAUCAUCGACCUCCUGCAGGAUACGGUAGGGACAGUCUCCGGGUGGGGCCAAUGUCUAACCCUGCCCUCCACACUAAUGGACCAGAGCAGCACCAGCCUCACAGUGCCCCUAACAUGCCCCAAGACAGACCCUCUCAUCUGGGGAAGAAUCUCAGCUUGGAGCAAUCCAACACUGAUGAAAGAGCUGGUGUCAAAGGUGUGAACCAUGUGAGCCAGAGUAGGGGACCGGCAGAGACCAUGCAGCCACCAGUGGAGGUGCCAUGGAGACCGGUGGCAGCGGUGGUUGGCCAUAGGUCCUCUUCCCUCUCCGCUCCCCAUCAGAGACCGCAGAGGCCUGGGAUUUUCAAAACCUCUUGCCAGCACCCUCGACCAGAGCCCCAAGUGAACGGGCGUGGCCCCUCAGCCUCUGAGUCGGGUGUGGUGCUCAGGGAGAAGCCUCCUGGGUCGGGGAAGAAUCCCAGUCCCCUACGCCACCCUUCCUACAUCCUGGCGGUGAACGAGGACGACGGCUCGGAACCGGCAGCGGGUGCGGUGUGCUGGCUGCCCAACGAUGCGCGGCGGGAGAUGCACAUGCGGCGGCUGAGCGAGAAGCAGGAAAAGCACCAGACCUGCUCCUCCAACCUGGACGAGUCCCUCGACUCCAUCCCCUUCAUCGAUGAGCCGGCUAGCCCUAGUGUUGACCAUGAGGCCACGUCCAUUCCUGCUUCCGCCGUGAUAUCUGUCGCUCCAGCCAUAACUACAGUCCCCCCUAGCCCAAGCUCCUCCCCGUACCCUCUCAUGCGCCGACAGCUGUCACAUGACCAAGAGUCUCUCARAAAUGCUAUUCUGGAGUCUGAUGCCGAGACCAAACAAGAGCGGUCCAAAUCCUGCGACGAGGGUCUGGAUAACUACAGAGAGGAAGGCAGAGGCCGGUCAAACAGUAAACACAUGCCCAGUCUGAGAGGCCUGAAGAAGGCUCUGGAUGGACACAAGUCAUCUGAUGACUCUGGGUCCAGAAGGGACUCCUCUUCAGAUGUAUUCAGUGACUCUUCUAAAGAAGGCUGGCUCAACUUCAGGCAGAUCAACACUGAGAAGAGCAAGCGUGGGGGUUCGAGGUCGUGGAAGCAGAUGUACGCCGUGCUGCGAGGCCACGGCCUCACGCUUUACAAGGACAAGAAGGACGGCGUCUCCCACGCCUCCUCCCACUCCCAGUCCGACGACGACCCACAGCCAAUCAGUGUCAAGGCCUGCCUGAUUGACAUCUCCUACAGCGACACGAAACGGAAGAACGUGCUGCGUCUGACCACGUCAGACUGCGAGUAUCUGUUCCAGGCUGAGGGCAGGGAUGACAUGCUGUCAUGGAUCCGAGUCAUCCAGGAGAAUAGUAAUCUGGAUGAUGAGAAUGCUGGUAUAACCAGCCAGGACCUGAUCAGCAGAAAGAUCAGAGAGUACAACACCAUGAUGAGUGCCCCCAGCAGCAAGACUGAGCCCUCCCCCAAAACCUCCCGGCAGUCCCUCAGUAUCAGACACACCCUCCUGGGGGUGAAGGGAGAGGGCAAGGGCCAGAGCCCCCACUCACCCAAAACAGGAGAGAGAGAUGAAUCCAGUCCUCCACGGGAUAAGGCUGCCUGGAGGAGGGGCAUCCCCGGCAUCAUGAGGAAACCCUUUGAGAAGAAGAGCACUGCUGGGGUAACUUUUGGGGUGCGCCUCGAUGACUGCCCACCUGCACAGACCAACAGGUUUGUUCCCCUCAUCGUGGAUGUGUGCUGUAAGCUGGUAGAGGAACGAGGGCUAGAGUACACUGGGAUCUACAGAGUACCAGGAAACAACGCUGCCAUCUCCAGCAUGCAGGAGGAGCUGGACAGUAAAGGACUGAUGAGUGACAUCGACAUCCAAGAAGACAAAUGGAAGGACCUCAACGUGAUCAGUAGUUUACUGAAAUCCUUCUUCCGGAAACUUCCAGAGCCCCUUUUCACAAAUGAAAAAUAUGCAGAUUUUAUUGAAGCCAAUCGAACAGAAGACUCAGUGGAGAGGUUAAAAGAACUCAAGAGGCUGAUUCUUGAAUUGCCUGAUCAUCACUAUGAAACCCUCAAAUUUCUCUCUGGACACCUCAAGUUGGUCUCUGAAAACUGUGAGAAAAAUAAGAUGGAGCCUCGUAACCUGGCCAUCGUGUUUGGUCCAACCCUGGUCAGAACCUCUGAGGACAACAUGACCAACAUGGUCAACCACAUGCCAGACCAGUGCAAGAUAGUGGAGAACCUCAUUCAGCAGUACGACUGGUUCUUCACUGAGGAGGGGGACGAUGACCCUGUUACCUCAGUGGAACAAGAGRGUACAGUGCAGUCUCAGCCUGUGCCCAACAUCGACCACCUGCUGUCCAACAUCGGCCGGACCACAACCACCUCCUCGCCUGGGGAAGUCUCAGAUUCAACGUGUAGUGACUCCUCCAAAUCAAAGCAGGGCUUGUGGGGGUCUGGGAAGGACCAGUGUAGCAGGGAGAUGCUGCUCUCCUCUUUCUUUGUCAGCCGCAAGCGUAAGAAGCCCAAGGACAAGACUCAGCCCAGCAGCUCUGACGACGACCUGGAUGCCGUGUUCGAUAAGAAGGAGGAGCCAGAGCCGAGCCACCAGGCCCUCCACCCUGCCUGGUCCCCAGAGAGCCAGACAGAGGAGGAGGAGAGGGAUGUCGAGGACGUCAGCGAAAGAGGGGUACAGCCAGGGGACAGGUUCCAAACCAACAGGAAAGAGUCCCGUUCAGACAGCCUCAUGUCUCAGCCCUCUCCCAAACACACCCCCAGCUUCCGUACCUCCUCCACCUGCUCCCCCUAUGCCUCACCCUCCCCCUCCCGGUCCCCCAGACUUGGCUACCGCAGCCAGGUGGCACACCAGUCGUCCCUGUCGGACCCUCCCUCCAACUACGACGAGGUCUCAGACCUGGGUACCAUGGACAGCACCAGCUCCCAGGCAUCUGUCACAGGUCCCAGGGUGAGGCAUGGCAGGACGGGGGGCUUGGGGCCAGAGACUGGGGCCAGCAGCCUAGGGGCAGAGGUCAGCUCCAUCACCUCAGACUACUCCACCACCUCCUCCAUGACCUUCCUGACAGGGGCCGAGCUGAGCACGCUCAGUCCAGAGGUUUGCUCGGUGGCCGAGAGCAGGGGAGGAGACGACGCUGAUGAUGAGCGUAGUGAGCUGAUUAGUGAGGGCCGGCCCAUGGAGACGGAUAGUGAGAGUGACCUAUCAGUGUUUGUUGGGGGUGGGAAAGAAGCAGGGCCGGUGGAGAAGAUCUACCUAUCAGAUGUGCCGGAUGCCCCCAGGCCCCUCCCCUCCCACAGACUCAUUGAAUGUGACACUCUCUCCCGGAAGAAGUCAGCAGCACGGCAGAAGACUGACAGUGAGUCCUCAUUGGACGGAGGGCGGAGCGACAAGGACUCCACUAGGCUGUCUUGCGUUCCGGGGGCAGUUAAGGUCCGUUCCACUGACAGCCUUAGCUCCUCCUCCCGCAGCGAGUCAGAGGUGGGGGCUGAGCCUGCGUGGCGCCUCAAGAUCACAGACCGGCUGAAGUUCCGCCUGCGGACGUCGGUAGACGACAUGUUCGGGGUGGGUACCCAGCGGAGCCGCUCUCCAGAGGGACGCAGGGAAAAGAAGAAGAACAUCAGACGCAGACACACCAUGGGAGGCCAGAGGGACUUUGCUGAACUGUCUGUGAUGGGGAACUGGCAGGAGGGCGGGAUGGGCGGGGGCUCGCGGGCAGAGCUGUCGGCCGUGGACCGGCUGAAGCCAAAGUGUUCUUCCCAGGACUUCUCCAUCCGGGAGUGGAUUGCCCGCGAGCGCCACCGCACCUCCAACCCCGAGGUCAGCCUGGACUUCACUGAACACCAGGGUGCGCCGCUCCUCUUCCGCAGCCCUGACCCCAACCAGGCCCAGGAGGCCCCGUCGUCGUCCCUCUCAGAACCCCUCUCACCACGCCCGGCUCCAGCUGAGCUGCUGAACGGAGACGCAGGCCCCCAGAAUAAAAGCCUGAGCCUGUCGGCCACCGCACACCCACACAAACUCUCUGGCGCCCAGGUGGUCCACUCUCGCUUCUACCAGUACCUGUGARAGGGGGUGUCGUCUGUCUGUGAGAUGUGUAUGUGUUUGAUCGUCUGUGUCUGAGACCCAUGGAUGUGGGUGAUUUUAUUUUGUAAUUGACCGGUGAGCAUGUUCAGGUACUGUGAAGUGACUUCUGAGUGUGUGUACGAAGAGUCUGUUGGGUCGUGUGUAUGUUUGUACGCUUAGAAUGUUUACUUCACAGGGGUGGUUUGUGUUACUCAACACAACUAGGCAUGGAACAAAACAUUCAAUUGAUGUUGGUAUAUUUUCUCCAUUUUCAUGACAUAUGAAAGAGUUUGGGAUGGGCGUUGGGGUAGAGAAAUCGUCACUCCUAACAGAAAUUCCUGUUUUGCUGAAGGUAGUGACUCGAGGGCCUCUUGCUCAUGGAUGAACUGAUGAGUCUGAAGUUUGAUAGGUGUAAGGAAGUUUAAACAUGGCUGGCGUUAAAGAUUGUGUAAAGGUUAGCUAAGUGGCUUUAAGAUACAGUAACUGACUAGUAGGAUGAUUAGGAGGUACAGGGAACGUUUGUAAAAGUAUUGCAGUGGAGCUGUGUUUGUUGUAAGAGGGUCUCAGUUGGUUAAAGGUGAGUCCUUCAGUAACCAAAUGAAGAAUGUACAAUGUGCUUGCUGUAAUACUGACUGAAGCUUUAGUUGCUUGUGUUCACAUUUGAAAUUGUACAUAUCCCCCCUUCCUCUCUCUUUCUGUCUACUUGAAGGGAGCUUUUAUUUUCGGGGUAGCCUGUGUUGUGGACUGCCAUAUGUGCUCUGUUGCCGCCGUCAAGUGGCCUCAAGGUGCAUUGUGACAAGAAGACACUGGACUAACGACGUCAUGAAAAUACGAGAAUGACUUUUUAUUCCAGCCUUCUUUUAAGUGAUAGACAAGGAGCAGUAAACAAGUACUUCCCUCUAUUGCAAUAUGCCGUGUAUUUGUUGAUGUGCUUGUGGUUUCAUGCUUCAGUCAGUUACUGGCAUCGGACUGCUGCAAAAUUAUAGAGGGAGAAGAAAUUGAAUAAUCAAAUCUGAAUUCAUGUUUCUUCGCAAUAGAAAGUGCCUCAAUGAACUGUAAAGGGUGCCAUAUCGUCUUUGUUGAGAUGCAUAAAGAUGUUACUAUKAAAGCCAUUUUUAUCGUUGACUAACACUGUCGUUCUACAGGUUCUAUCUGACACGGAGAAGAACGCUGGGCUUCCAUUCCUUAGGCAUUCCACUCUGGUCUUAGCAUGUUUUAUACUUUUCUUUUUCCUUUUCUUUUUUUGGAUUUUAACAGAACUUGAAUUUUAAAUAUUUCAGUAAAAAAAAAUGAGUAACUUAAAUGUGUAUAUAAAUCCCAUGUUUUAGCUGCUUUUUUGUUUAAUUUCCAUCAAAUUGAAUUUUUUUUGUAAGGUAAAAAGUACAGUAUUGUGAGAUGUUGCUGAUUGGAGCCUGAUGGUAUGUGUGGGUGUUAAGUCUAGUGGUUAUCUAGGGAGAGAUGAGAGAUCCCUCCCUGCAUAUGAAGAGGCUUCAUUGAACUGCUGGACCAUUUGUAUCAAUAUACCCUGUUCACUCUGACGGGCCACGGGCUCCUAAAACACUGGAAAUAAAUCUUAUCAAUGGCUAAAAGGG